ACCGUGGAGACGGAUUCAGGAGUGGCUUGUUGGCGCUGCGGCGUAGCGAUAAGAAGGAAGAAGCAGAGCCGACGUGGGAUGGGAGGAUCGCACAUAUUUACGAUCUCAAGCACGCUGUCGGACGCUUUUUCUUGGUCCAAAUGCGAUAAUACCGACUUCUGAAGAUGGAGACAAGGCAGCCCGACAUGAUCGCCGCCGGCGCGAUCACCUACUCGGCCGCACUGAUCGCGUUUCUCCUGAGGCUCCUAGCGCGACGAAUCAAGGGAGUUCCAUGGAACUGGGGCGACUACGUUGCUUUGGUUGCAUUUUUGUUUACGACCGCCUUCACGAUCUCGAAUCUUUACAAACUACACGUUGGACUCGGGCUACAUCUUACGGAUAUGGGGCUCAAAUACGACAAAGCUUCGUUCGACAUUGCUGCAUACGAUUAUUUCCGCCUGCUGUGGAUUGAUAUGUGGCUAUACACGGCAGCUAUCGGUCUCUCCAAGCUUACCGCUUUGGCCCUUUACGUGCGCAUCUUCGGACAGUCGAGCAUCAGAAUACCUAUUUGGGUUCUUACUGGCUGUGUACUGCUCUGGAUGAUGGCCCGCGUCAUAGUGAUUCCUUUAAUAUGCAGUCCGAUUGCGAAGUUCUGGCACUCCGACAUGGAUGGCACUUGUCCGGUGAAGACUAACAACUUCUUCUUUGGGACGACGAUUCCACAUUUGCUCAUGGAGGUCGCAAUCGUGGUGUUGCCAUGUAUUAAGAUUCGGCAGCUCAAUUUGCCUCGGGCGCAGAAAAUCGCAGUCGGGGGAAUGUUCACUUCUGGAACCCUUGUCUGUAUAGCAUCUCUCGUCCAGCUCAUCCAAGCAUUCCAGCUUGACACUUCCUCGCUGGAUAUAUGGUGGACCUCCACGCCUCAAACCAUUGCCUCUCUCAUCGAGGUAAACCUCGGACACUUUUCCACCUCCCUCCCCAAUCUCCGACCAAUCCUCGACAUCGUCAUCGGACGCAAAACCGUAUCCAGCAGCCGGCCGACCCCAUACUACGCCCACACCACACAAAAGUCCGGGCGGUCGAAGAGGCCGGGUGUCUUUUCCCAUCCGUCUCGCGGCAGAGUAAGUAACGAUUCCGAGCUCGAGCUGGCACAGUACGAGGGCCUGGUGCUGGGAAGAGAAGCCAAGACGAUGCCGGGAGAAAUCUGGAAGAGCACUACGACCGAUGUCUCCUCGUCCAAACGCGAUUCUACUUGAAUGAUUACGGCUUUCAUUGGAACGAUCUUCUUUACGAACGCUUCGGAGGGAAUUGUUGUACGAUACGGCGCGAUUACGACAUCUGUUUGUGCGACAAUCAUGUAUGGUCGCAAUGCACAGUCUCCCCAAUGGAGUUCUAAGGCCGAGCUCGCAGCGACAGUGCACCACGUGUGUGGGUGGAACGUUAUUGCGACU